UUCCCGGCAGAGAAAAAGGAAGGAACGAAGCCAAGCCAGCCCUCCGCCUCCGCCGGGGACACGACGCGGCCCCGCUCCUCCUUCCACCCCCCGUCCUAUAAAGCUGCGAGAGUCUCGGCGCGGUCCUCCUCCCCACACCGUCCGAAAAUAAGCAAGGCAAUGGCCGGCGAGCAUCAGCAGAGCCAGGGCGCGGCCAAGGCCCUGUCCAAGGGCUCGCCGUCGCCGUCGUUCCGCCUGCGCAACGGCAGCCUGAACGCGGUGCGGCUGCGGCGCGUCUUCGACAUGUUCGACCGCAACGGCGACGGCGAGAUCACGGUGGACGAGCUGGCGCAGGCGCUGGACGCGCUCGGGCUGGAGGCGGACCGCGCCAGCCUGGCCGCCACCGUCGGUGCGCACGUGCCGCCCGGCGCCUCCGGGCUCCGCUUCGAGGACUUCGAGGGCCUCCACCGCGCGCUCGGCGACGCGCUCUUCGGCGCCCUCGCCGACGACGCCGAGGAGGGCGGCGCCGGCGGGCAGGACGAGGAGGAGAUGCGGGAGGCCUUCAAGGUGUUCGACGUCGACGGCGACGGCUUCAUCUCGGCGUCGGAGCUGCAGGAGGUGCUCAAGAAGCUGGGCAUGCCCGAGGCCAGCAGCCUGGCCAACGUCCGGGAGAUGAUCUGCAACGUCGACCGCGACAGCGACGGCCGCGUCGACUUCGGCGAGUUCAAGAUCAUGAUGCAAGGGAUCAACGUCUGAUCUGACGCACGAUCGAUCGGCUUUUACGAUUACACACAAGCGAUGCAUGCAUCGGCCCGCCGUUUAUGCAGUAAGCUCGAUGAUGAAGAACAGCCCUUUCUUUCUUUAUGUUCGUCCACGAUAUGCUCAGAUGCAAUGCAACCUCUGAAGCUCCAAGAAAAUGGAGAAGAUAAGAGAUUGCAAGAUUAAUUAAUAGGUUUCAUACAUACGAUCCCCAAAGGUUCAGAUUACA